AUGAAUUUUGUGAAUUUGAUGGCGAUUCUGGCCAUUUCACAGCCUUUGACGGCCUAUGUUCAUUUUGGGGGGUACCCGAAGGACCACAGAUUUUCCGAGUUCGAGAUUCUGGUGAACAACAUGUGCGGACCGCAUCCUUUGGCUCAGAUCAUGCAGGAUAUGAUCGACACCGGAAAAUAUGGUUCUUAAUAGUUUGUAAACUGAAUAGGAAUCAUGUUUGUCGGACUUUUCAAAAAAAAAAAAUAUUGGUUUCUUUCGGUCAACUCACGGUCAGACCUCAGUAACUCGAACAGGACGUUUCUGAGCGUUUCUAGUGACCACUUUAGUAGCGUCAGUGCCCUUAAGUGAUCCCUAGAGCUGCUCGAAAUCGUUUGGGAAGCGUCCGGCUACCCACAGGCCUAGAAAUUUCCGUUUUGGAGGCAUUGUUUAACAGAGAUUACUUCUGCGAAACCCGUAAAAAAAUGUUUGGCAUGCCCUCAAAUUGUUCCAAAAACAGCUCUUCGUUCCGAGACCUUUAUCAAUUAUUCCAUGCUCCUUUAAAAACAUAAGCAAAGAUUUAUGAAACAAGUUAUAUGAAGCUCUGAAGCUUCUCAUCGUUAACACAUGAUAAAGAUAAGGAGAAAAAAAUUGAAAGUGUCGAAAAGUUUUAUUUUUUGAGAUUGCGCAGAAGUACAAAUAGCGUUACAAUAAUAAAAAUCAGCUUGAAAAUCUGUGAGAUUUCAUAUCAGAAAUCCAUUCUGGGGUGUUUAAAGGAGCAUAGUAAAAUUUCUUUGAGGUCUCAGAGCGGACAGCCAUUUCUGGUGUUCUUUUAAGUGUAAACUAAAAUAAACAUUUGAAAAAAUUCAUGAAGAAACAAAUUUAGUUAUUUUUUUCAGAUGAAAGCGAUAAGGAACUCUGGGAAUCAAUCGCUCGGAAGCACAAUUCAGAAGCCGAGCAUCGAAAUAAUGUGGCAAAGUUUUCUUUUCUCAAUCUUUCCCUAAAAUGAAUACAUUUUAGAUGGUCGCGAUGCCGGACAAUGGUCUCCCUCGGUUCAAUGGGAAAAUAG